UGCAGCACUCACUCCUUAUCCCACCACUUCCCAUCUCUGCUGCGGUGGGGGCUGUCAAUACUUCCACAUCUAAAAAGAAGUGCCCGGCACCUCAACUCAGUCAACAGCCUGCCGGCAGGGAGGAGAGGAGUGAAGUAAAAGGACCAAAUACAGUAAAAUACAUGACCAAUGUAUCUUCCAUCAUUAACACCGGUCUGAUACCAACACCACCUCCACCCCAGCAAAAAAGUGGAAAAACAGUGAGAACUGGGGUGACCAGAGGGAGACAAUUGCGUCCCAUCACUGUACCCAGUGGGGCAGAGGUACCUCCAAGGAUGAAUUCUGGAGUAGCCUUCAGGUCCCUGGUACGCAGCGGCCCAUGUAUCACCAUGGCCUUUCUAGGAAGAAAUCUGCAUUUAUUUGGCAAGGAUGCUGAUAACAGGAGCGAAAUCAGAGUCUAUCAGCAGCACUGUGGAGGAGAAAACCUUUGUGUCUACAAAGGGAACCUGUUGGAAGGAGAGACCUUUCAGUUCAUCUCAAGGAGGCACAAAGGUUUCCCCUUCAGCCUCACCUUUAUUCUCAAUGGGCUGCCAGUGGACAGGUUGAGCUGCUGCUGUGAGUACAGACACCGGAGGCCCUCCACGGUGGGAGGCAGACAUGGAUAUUUCAGAUUUGUCAGUGUGGAGGGAGCAUCUCCCUGCUACAGGUAUGGAGACAAGUGCGCUUUGCUCGCAAGGACCUCGCAGCCCAGUUGUUUGAGUUUAUCCCUUGGUUCCUCUUUUGUCAUCUUUCUGGCACCCUGCAGCUCUUCCUCAGCCCCGAGCGGAGCGGUGGCCGGGGGGGCCACACUUACACCCCUUGCCUGCCUCUCGUGAAGGUGCUGGUGAAAUA